AUGAACGAUGAUACCAAAAUCAUUCCCGGAGCUUGGAUAUUACAUAUUCCAGACGGGUUCGAAGUGGCGAAAAGAAUCGCUGACACUGAAGGCUUUCAAAAUCUGGACGAAAUACCCAGAUUGAAAUUAUACCAUAUGUAUAAUUUGAAAGAUUCCGAAGAAGAAGAAAAAGAAGAACACAUUUCCAUAAGAUUGACUAAAUACACGGAGGUAACAUACUUCGCUCCAUCCAGCAAGGAAACAGUUGCUUCACACGAAUACACCGACAAAUAUUAUUGCGCUGGACCAGCAAACGAGUUUUAUGAGACAAAUAGACCGCAGUUUUACUCCGAUCCGUUGUACCAUCAACAGUGGUAUUUGCGAAGCUGUUCAGAUUUAUCAGGAAGUGAAAAACCAUCAAAUUACGAUAUGAAAAUUGUGCAAGCUUGGAACGAAUUUAAAGUUACCGGACAAGGCAUAAUUGUGCUGGUAAUUGAUGAUGGCGUGUACGCUAAACAUAAAGACCUGAGGAACCGAAUAAGUUCCAAAUAUAGUAAAAACUACUUCACCAUGACCAACGAUCCAACUUCUGAUGAUAUUACUGAAAGUCAUGGAACCAAGUGCGCCGGAAUUGUUGCAGCCGAAGCGAAUAAUGGCAUUUGCGGAGUAGGAAUUGCACCAAAAGCUACCAUCGGAGGUCAGAAAUACCUUCGUGGUACUGAGGCCAGCGUAGUUCACACGGCUGAGGCACUCGCCUAUGAAGCUGAAGAAGUCCACAUCGCAUCCGUGUCAUCAAGUGACCCUGAGAGUAAAGCUUUCAUUUGGCAAAGGCAAGAAUACAUAACUGCUGUAGAUUAUGGAAUCCAACAUGGUCGAGGUGGUAAAGGAAUAAUAUACGUUUUUUCAACCGGCAAUGGCAAAAGGGAAGGCCAAACAUGUGCUACAGAAGGAGGACUUCAACUCAUUCACAAGAUACCAGUAGGUGGAGCUAAGCAUAAUGGAGAAGCUAGUGAUUACGCGGAAGGAUGCGCAUCUGUGAUGGUUGUAUCCCAUUCGGGAAAUGGAAAUCCCUACGCUCAUAUUACCCCCGAAGUAGGAUCAGUUGACGCGUGUGAUGAUAAUUUCAACGGUACUUCAGCAGGAUGCCCGGUAGUAUCUGGAAUUAUAGCACUUUUACUGGAAGCCAACCCCAAUUUGACAUGGCGAGACGUGAAACACGCAAUUGCAUGGACAAGUGAAAUAGCUCCUUUAGCAAAGAAUAGAGGAUGGGUUAAAAAUGCGGCCGGAUUUUACGUGAAUUUUGAUUUCGGAUUUGGAUUAAUAAACGCCUACGAGCUCAUAUCGUUGGGUAAACGGUUUCCUGGAACCAGUCCUCCUCUGAAUAUGUGUAUCGAAGAACACACACUGCAGUAA